UUAGCCCUCCUUCGGUCCCUGCAGACUCCUGCAGCCAUGGGGGAGGAGAGCCGCCUGUCUCAUCAGCUCCAGAGUGUGGAGAGGAGCAUGGUGUUCCUCAGACAGGAGCACCUCACUUUGCUUCACGGCCUGCACCUGGAGAUCCUCUCCCUGCAGAAACGCUGUUCAGAGCUGACCAGUGAGCUGAAGUUAAAGCCACCAGGGAGGAACCAGAUAGAGUUACUAGAGGAAGAGGAGAUGCUGGAGGCCCGCUGUAAGGAGCUGGAAACCCGUCUGGAAGAACAGGAGUACACUCUGGGAGAGUUUCGAAAGGAGCUGGUUCACAAAGGGACCUUGGUGGGAGCCCUCAGGGCCAAUCUCAAGGAAAAGGAGCGUCACUUUCUGGAGGAGCUGAAACGCCGCAGCCACUGCUCCACCGUCCUGAACACGGAGCUUCAGAAGCAAACUGAGGCAGCAGCAUACCUCUCCUUCCAGCUGCAUGCAGCCAAACAGAAGCUGCAUCACCAGAGGAUGCAACAGAGGCAGGGACUUCUCGCCAGAGCUAACAAUCAGGGGGUCCAGCAGGAAGCUGAGCAGAACUCCCCUCUCUCUGGCGCCUCUCCAUCCUCUCCUGUGGUCAAACCCAAACGUAAGAGUGUCAGGGCAUCUUCCAGGGUAGAGCGGGCUAGGGAGUGUGUCCCCAUAGAGAAAGUGCUGGGCCCCGCUGAGCCCACAGCCAUGCCGGAUCCAGCGCUCUUCCUGCAGCCCCGCAGGCACAGAGCCUGCUCCAGACACACUGUGGCACAAAGACAGCCUCCUCUGGGCAUGGAGAGAGAAGGCCAGGAGGAAGGAGGUGGGGAGGGGCCUGUGGAGGUCCUGGAAGAAACACCCAGAUUAAUGUCCUCAGCAGCAGCACCCCCUGCUGCUCAGACCAACGCAGAUUAGAGUCUGAGCAUUCCUGCUUUUAACUACAGAGUCAUCCUUAUAUGUUAUCUUCCAUCAGACUGUUAACGCUAUCGAGUAUUGCUCUGUACCCUGACCCAAUUACUACUGAGACUGGUUAUAGCUGUUUAAUUACCUUGGAUCUACUGGAAAUACUUUUUCUAAUAUGUACUUUGAUAUAAACUUAAAUAACUUGCAUAGCAAACGUCAGUAAGUGUCAGAGGUUAGGUUUACACUGCUGUUAGAUGCUCUCUGUGCUGCAGAUAUUCAGUCUGUGAGGCCGGUGAGUUUGACCUUGGCACAGCUGUGCGUCCCAAUCAACCGAGAUCUUCCGAGGCCGACCGUAAAUGAGGCCGCUCGUCCGAGUGUUUAUAUGUCCUCCGACUGAGUCACAGCUGAAAAUACUCAAGUGGGACUAAAAUAUGUAUGAACCGAGUAUCAAUCCUUCCCUCACAAUAAAUGAAGCGUACAUAAAAAACAACAAAAAACUACAGCUUCAAGUUGCUUUAUGAUUUUAAUUGAAAUACAGUAUUUAGUUCCAUCUUAGAACUUGCGAGGUCAUUUUAAGAAACUCUGCUAGAACACUGUUUACCUAAAAUACCUCAAAGGCCGAUGUUUGAAAUAGAGACUGUUAAUAAACUCAUUUUGCAACUGAUGCUUCAAAACAUUUCAAAAUCAAAUGUCCUUGAAGGAACAUAAAUAAAUCCUACUUUGUGCAACUUUU